AUGGCUUCUGCCUGGGACAGCAAACGUCACCACUCAACCCUGGACAGCGCAGCAGCUUUCCUCCCCAGUCUCCUUGCUGAGGGCUCCCUCCAGAGCAGCCGUCUCGUUCAGCCCAUCCACGGAGUGCUGCUCUUUGCGGACAUUUCAGGUUUCACUGCUUUGACAGAUAAAUUCCUCCAGAGGAGCAGCACAGAGAGAGGCACUGAUGAGCUGGCGCAAACCCUCAAUUACUACAUGUGUGACAUUUUGAAGGAGAUGCUGAAUUUUGGAGGAGACAUCUUGAAGUUUGCCGGUCGGGGAGAGCCAAGUCUCGGCAGCGCCUUUGCCUUCCCCUCGCUUUCCCCAGGGGAUGCUGUGCUGGUGCUGUGGAGAACGUCACUCCAGGAGCUGGCUAAGACCAUCACCCUGGUGCUGCAAUGUAGCCAGCAGAUCCAGAAGAAGUAUGGGAGUCGCGACACGCCCGUGGGUCUGAAGAUCCAGCUGAAGAUAGGCAUCUCCGCAGGGCCCAUGAGCCUCCUGAUUGCCGGAGAUGGGAGGCGGCAGUACUUCUGCAUCUAUGGCCAGGCCCUGGCUGAAGUUCGUGAGGCCGAGCAGCUUGCGAAGGCAGGUGAAGUUGUCCUCUCAGCCACCGCCUGGGAGCUCUGUGAGCAGCGCCGGCUCAGGACCAAGCGUCUUGAAGGCAAAAGAGCUGUGAAGGUUACAGGCGUGGAUCAGCUGGCUCAGUCAGAACGCCAAGACACUUUACGCAAGCUUGUACGCCGCCAAAUGAGUCACCCCUCGGAAGAGGAAAGUGCCCCGAGUCCUGCUCUUCUCGUGCCCACUGAUCCUGAGGGGGGGGAGGUGCUUAUGAAGUACGUGCCAGAAGCUGCUGUCAGGAAGCUCGAUGGCAGAGUGCCGCUGGACCUCUUCUCUGAGCUACGGCCAGUCACCAGCCUCUUCGUCCACCUGCAGCUGGCUGCAGAUAUCAACGCAGUGGAUAUGUGCACCCUCCUCCACAACGUCAGCAGGAUGAUGCUAGAAAUCCUCAGUCCUCACAAGGCUGAAGUGAACAAAGUCCUCCUGUUUGAUAAAGGCUGCACGUUCCUCUGUCUGUUUGGACUCCCUGGAGUAAAGCUGCCCUGUGAGAGCCUUCACGCCUUGCAGAGUGCUCUUCAGAUCCUCACCUUGUGCUCCACGACACGCGUGGAAAUAGAGGAGGUGUCUGUUGCGGUGACCAGCGGGACGGUGUUCUGCGGAGUCACUGGCCACCCUCAGAGGCAUGAAUACACAGCCAUAGGCCAGAAGGUGAAUUUGGCAGCCCGCAUGAUGAUGCACUACCCUGGGCUGGUGUCCUGUGAUGCAGUGACCUAUGCCGCCUCUCGGCUGCCCCCUUGCUGCUUCCAGGAGCUGCCGGAGGGAGAGACGAAAGGUCGGGAGAAGGAGAUUGACCUCUUUGUCAGCUGCUUGAAAGCCUACGAGGAUUUAGGACAAAGGCACAUCCUGGCAUUUGAGGGCACGAUGGGCUCCGGGAAGAGCCACUUACUUACUGAACUGGCCUAUUUAGGCCAGGCUGCUGGCCACACGGUGGUUGCCAUGGAACUGCUAGAGGUCAACGUCAGGCAGUCCUUCUCUGCCAUCCGUACGCUGAUGGCCAGGGCCCUGGGCCUCCAGGACUGUGAAAACUGCAGCGACAAGCAGCGCGUGCUGCAGACAAAGCUCCGAGGGACCAUCGAAGAGAGCAGCUAUUGCCUCCUCAAUGACAUCUUCCCUGUCCAGUUUCCUGUUUCGGACAAGGUUCGCGAGAUGUGUGAAAUGCAAAGAAAAGCAGAACUGCAGUCGACGUGGGUGAAGGUGCUUGAGAAGGUCAUUGGAGGAGAAUUUGGCAUAUUUGUCAUCGACAACGCCCAUUUCAUCGACACUGCCUCCUGGUCUAUCAUGUCACGCAUGCUCCGAAAUGUCUCCCACUUCAUGGUCAUGAGCUUAGCUCCAGGCUACGCGAGAACGGAGAGCUUUUGCAAAGCCGCAGCAGACAACGCAACAUCGCAGGAAAUCACCUAUCUUCAUCUGGACGAGCUGCAAGCUUCCGCUGUGGUGCAGGAGGUCUGCCAGGACCUUGGAGUGGUCAGCAUCCCCAGGGAUCUAGCGAGGUUCCUGAUCCAAAGAAGCUCGGGGAUCCCCUAUUACUGUGAGGAGCUGCUGCGCUGCCUUCGUUGCAACGACAUGCUCUUGUUCCGCACCCGGAGGCGGGGUGGAAAAGCAGAGGACAACUGGGAGAGCCUGAUCACUUCUGCGGCCGAGGCUUCAGCCCUCGCAGCAACCUCGAGCUCCGGCGCGGGGAAUGACGGCAGGGUCUGCAUCGUCAGACCAGACGUGAACCUGGAGAACACCAUGCUGCCUGCCACCUUGAAAGAGAUUGCGCUGGCUCAGCUGGACCAGAUAAAGCCGCUGAAGCGGAUGCUUCUGAAGUUUGCAGCUGUCAUCGGGCCAGUGUUUACCACCCAGCUGCUGUCGCACAUCCUGCCCACUGGCUUCAGGCACAAGAUGAAUUGCUUGUUGGACACGCUGGUGCACGACAACAUCCUGAAGUGGCUGCAAAACACAGAGGUGCCAGAAGGUGUCCAGGAUUCUCCCACAGGGCCAGCCACCUCCCCGGAGGCGGAGAGCAGUGCGGAGAGGCCCUCUCCCAGCAAGAAGACAGCGGAGCAGCGGUCUGGCGUCCUGGCCUUCUGUGUCCCGCUGCUGCAGGAGGCUGCCUACGAGCUGUGGCCCGAGAGACAGCGGGUCGUCUUGCACCGCAAGUGUGCCGCCUUCCUCGAGCAGCACGCGCACAAAUGCAAGAGCUGCAGCCAAGGGGACUUUGUUGCCUUCCACCGCUUCACCGCCACCAGCCCCCAGGACGGAGGGAGCUGUCAGGGCCCUGCGGAGCAGGGCGACUCACGCAGCUGGGAGGCCUUGGUGCUCGCAGGAGAACAGCUGAAGAGGGACAGGACCCACGCCACUGAGGGUAUGCUGUGCGCCGUGCUCCGCAGCCCGGGCCCUCCAGGGCUGUGUGCUGGGCAGCGGGUGGGAGUAGAUCUGCUAGGGAUGAGCCCCGGAGGUGCUGCAGAUGCUCUGCAGCAGCAGCAGCCUUUCCCAGAGGAGGAUGCUGGUGCGGCAGGGUGGUUCCUGGCAAAGAGCGAACAGACAGCUGAGCUGCCCAGCAAGACCAAGGGGCAGCACAACGGCGCCCGCUCGUGUGAAUGCAGAGCCAUCGUGGAAUCGGUGCUUGUGCCUUUGGCUCACCACUACAUGGCAAUGGGCGAUGCUGCCAGAGCCUUUUACUACCUUCUGGAGUGUGCGGCUGCCUACCUGCACGUCUCCAACAGCUACAUGGCCCUGCUGAAGCUGAAUGAAGCGGAGGUCCUGAGGAACUCAUUAGAGAAGAAAGGGGAUGGGACAGCCCGCUUUGAAGAGGCCACCUUCUUCAGCCUCAAAGGGGAGGUCUGCUGUCGUAUGGGACGUGUGAAGCUGGCAAAGAAAAUGAUCAGGGAGGCUUUGCGCCUGCUCAGAAGGCAGUUCCCCCGGACCUCCCUCGGAGCCUUUGUCAAGUCUCAGGUGGAAAAGUUGCCGUGUGCCGCCUUUGCUGCCAGAAGAGCAUCCUCCCUUCCGCAGGAAGCCCGGAGGAAGAGGCUAGCCUGGCUGCUGCAGCAGAGCUGCUGCCUUUCCUUACUGGAGCACCUCUUCAGCCUGGAGGGCACUUCCAGCGGACGGACGUUCUCCUGCCUGGCAGCACGCAUGAAGGCCAACACGGACAGGGCAGCGGACUCCUAUCAGGCAGCAGACUCCCACCACAGACAGACCUCUCUCCUCGGUUGGCACGGGCCGCUGUCCCAUGGCCGCCCCGGCACUGUCCCGCAGACAUUCAGGCUGGAGAUUGAGCUGAUGGACCGCCAUGGGCACAAGUGCAGUGGGGUCGUGAGGAUGGAGGUGCUGCCAUCACGCCGUCCCCGUGUCACCUUCCUCGAGUCGCAGAGGGCCGUGACAGUGCCGGAGGGCACUGGCCCCUUGGAGGUGGUCACGGAGGUCCACGCCAGUGGUGACAAUGUCCUCUAUGCCAUCCUGGCUCCCAUGGUGUCCACACUCUUAACCAUUGAUGAGAGUGAGUGGGGCGGCGAGGUCGCGGGCCGCUUGCCAAAUUUCCCUGAUGGCUCCCCAUCAGGGCCACGCG